AUUCUCCAUUUUUAUAUUCCUUAUAAAAAUUUCUGCACGGAAAAGACGAAAACACAAGCAAGCAAGCAAGCGCGACCGUCUCCCUCUCCGAUCAAAUCCACAUCGGAGCAACCACCGAAAAGCACGCGAUUCCUGCCCGUCCGGCCGCCGCCAUCAACGCCGCCGGUGGGAGGUGCCUGUCGCCGCUGGUGGCGCCCCGGCGCUACUCCGGUCCGGAGCUCCUCGCGCGGCUGUUUUCCACGGCGGUUGGGUCGCGUCAAAAGUCUAAUCGGCGCUCUGACGCCGGCUUUUCUUGACUAAUCGGCGGCGGAAUAGGCCGACCUGGGUUGGGCUGCCUUGUCUUCUUCCUCUCUCGAUCGGUACUUGCCCGGUAGUUGAUACCUUCUAAUUCUCUUCCCUUGUUUGGUGCUCAAAAGGGCGCAUUUCCCCCCUCGGUUCUUGGUUUAUUGGAGGUUGUCACCUUCCUCUUAUUGCGUUGAUUCUUUCCUCCGGCGGGCGCGUCGUCAACGCGACGACUCGAGGUGGGUUCUCGCCUGGUGGAGCGAUUUGACUUCUUGGCGAGUCGGCAUUGGUCGCCAUGGGCGGCGUGUGCUCGGCGGGGAUCCCCGGGGACAAAUCGCCGACGGAACUCUCGUUCCGGGCGAUGGGGUUCGUGGUGGAGCACGAGUUCAGGGCCUUCUCGGCUGCCAGUAAGACAAGAACAGCGCCCGUCGAGGACGCGGCAGAGCCUGAGCAGCUGAGCGACCAGUCGUCUCGUCUCCCUGAGAAGGGUUCGCCGCCGCCGUCCACGGGCAGCAAGGCUCGCCGCUCCAUCUCGAAGGAGCCACCGCAUUUGACGCGUGCCGAGUCGAGGAAGUCUAAGGCCGGGAAACCCAGGAGAAGCACCUCCAGCAAGGCUGGUCCGAGCAAGGUUUCAGAUAUAGGUUUGGCACUUGGUAGAAAGAGUACCUCUGGACUUGGGAGAGCAGUGGAGGUCCUCGAUAACCUGAGUAGCAGCAUGACAAGUUUGAGCCCUGGUGGGGAUUUCGUGUCAGCUACAACAACAAAAGGGAACAAAAUAUCAAUCCUUGCAUUCGAGGUUGCAAACACAAUAGUGAAGGGCAUGAGCCUAAUGCAGUCUUUGUCAAAAGAAAGUUUGAAGUAUUUGAAAGACACUGUCCUUCUAUCUGAAGGCGUGCAGCAUUUAGUUUCAAGCGACAUGGAUGAUCUGAUGAGGAUCGCUGCAGCUGACAAGAGGCAAGAGCUGAGAGUAUUUUCGCGAGAAGUCAUAAGAUUCGGGAAUCGUUGCAAAGAUCCUCAGUGGCACAACCUAGAUCGUUAUUUCUCCAAGCUAGAUUCAGAAAUUACACCCCAACCGGAAUUAAAAGAAAUGGCAAAAGCAGAUAUGCAGCAACUGAUGACCCUUGUUCGAUACACUGGUGAUCUCUACCAUGAAUUACAUGCCUUGGAUAGAUUUGAGCAAGACUAUCGCCGUAAAUUGGACGAAGAGAAAAGAUCAGUUACAUUUGAAAGAGGGGACACGGUUCAGAUUAUCAGACAAGAGCUGAAGAGCCAGAGGAAGCAUGUACAUAGUUUGAAGAAAAAGUCUCUUUGGUCUAAGGUUCUUGAUGAUGUCAUGGAGAAGCUUGUAGAUAUUGUCCACUUCUUACAUGUCGAGAUUCAAGAUACUUUUGGGCCUUGUGAUGGCAACUCAAAUGAAUCCCAAGAGAACCGUCAAACACUAGGGUCUGCUGGGCUCUCUCUUCAUUAUGCUAAUAUCAUUUCUCAGAUUGACAAUAUUGUUUCCCGAACCUCUGCCCCCCCUCAAAGUACAAGAGAUGCACUGUACCAAGGUCUUCCCCCUAAUGUUAAGUCUGCUCUUCGAACACGAUUGCUAACUUCCUCAGAAUCUCAAGAGGUCCCAAUCACUCAAAUCAGAUGUUCAAUGGAGAAGACAUUGCAGUGGAUUGUCCCAGUUGCUAAUAAUACGGCUAGAACACACCAUGGAUUCGGAUGGGUUGGUGAGUGGGCAAACACGGGGAACGACCUGUCACGGACACAGGCUGGCCAGCCCGACGUGCUGAAGAUCGAGACCCUCUAUCACGCUGACAAGGAGAGGACAGAAGCAUGCAUCUUGGAUUUGGUAGUGUGGCUCCACCACCUCAUCAGCUACAGCAGGCCAAACAAGGGCGGCGGCAGGUCGCCAAGCCGAUCCCCCGUCCGCUCCCCGGCGCGGCCGAGCCACGCGGCCCCGCGAUCGCCGGUCUCAGCGGCAGCGUCCAGGGGCCCCGCCACCCUCACCCAAGAAGACCGCGAGAUGCUGCUGGACGUGUACGCGCGGCGGCGCUCCCCCGGGAAGAGCAAGAGCCAGGAGCUGUCGACGGCGGCGGCGCCCGGCCGCGCCGGCAGGCCCGCCCUGAGCAGGAACGACAGGCUGAGCAAGAGCAGCGGCAGCGGCAGCCGCUGCCCGUCGUCGCGGGAGCACGGCGGCGGCAGGGUGUUCCCGCUGACGACGAGCCGGUCGCCCGCCGCGUCGCCGGUGGUCCACUUCGACAUCGACCGGAUCAAGGCGCUGGACAGAGUGGAUGUUUAGAAGCAGCCGUGAGAUGUUCAGAGUUCAGAGCACACCUCCUCUGGUCACCGAGUUUUUUCUUAGCCAGCGCAGUGAAAAAAGAAAAUAAAACUGAGCAUCGCGGAGGAUUGAGAGGUUCAGGUGUUGGUUCUCACGAACUGUGAUGGAAUCAUGGAAGAAAGGGAGAGGUCACGCCGGAAUUAGGUGUUGGGAACCAUGGUCUCGUCAGUGAUCGUGCUGGUUAGGAGAUUGUAUAGUGGCAUACAUAGUGCCUGCAGAAAUUCAGCAGGCACAUACAUACAUACAUAGGAAAGUUUUGUCUCUUUCUGCCCCCAUUUAGCCGUCCGUCAAUCUGUUCCGUGGUCAGUUUAUGUACAUGAACUGCGCCGACAGUGCGAAAAACCUCGCGUGAGUGUGUAACCCUGUUAGCUGCAAGUAACUGUACAUACCUACUACAGAUUGGCAGCUGGGAAAUUGCAGUAGGCGUGUAGUUGUGGAA